CUCACCCCAUGUCCUCCCCUGCUGUCGCAUGCAGCUCACCCCAUGUCCUCCCCUGCUGUCGCAUGCAGCUCACCCCAUGUCCUCCCCUGCUGUCGCAUGCAGCUCACCCCCAUGUCCUCCCCUGCUGUCGCAUGCAGCUCACCCCAUGUCCUCCCCUGCUGUCGCAUGCAGCUCACCCCAUGUCCUCCCCUUCUGUCGCAUGCAGCUCACCCCAUGUCCUCCCCUGCUGUCGCAUGCAGCUCACCCCAUGUCCUCCCCUGCUGUCGCAUGCAGCUCACCCCAUGUCCUCCCCUUCUGUAA